AUGUUCUUCCCUCGGAACUGGCGCAACCACAACCUCUUCUAUAUCUUGGUGGCCAUCGAGUUCCCGAUCACCGUGAUUAUAUUGACGUUUGCCGGCAUUGCCUCCCAUGAUCUGUUCCGGACCAAGCUAUGGCAGGAUGGUGCAGACAAUGGCUUCAACAGUGCACCCGAUGAGGUUGUCUAUGCCGCUGCAAACUACCGGACUUUUAAGAUUCCAAUGGUCUGGAGUUCAUUUAUCACCGACUACAAUCUAGUGCUGAGCGUUUUGAGCACCUUCUUCAUGAUCACAAAGGCCGCCGUCCAUGUCCUCCGCAUCUGGUAUCCUCCGCUGUCAGUCAUAGUCCAUGCGGGCUUAUUCGCACUCUACAUCGCGUCUGCGGCGUACCAGGCUGGGAGUGAUACAUCAGACCCUAAACACCCCCAGCGCGGUCCCCCAUGGUACAUCACGAAGCAAUGCUCCGUGGCCUCCAACCCAGAUAAUGUGGGGUAUUGUCAACAGGCGAAAGUGCUGUUUGCUUUCACUAUAAUAAUAAUUGUCCUGUACUUCGUCGAAAUGGUCGUCAGUAUCCACUCGUGCAUCCCAACAGAAGAGGAGCGAGCAGAGCACGCCGAGCGCCGCGAAGAAAAGAGAACCAUGAAGGAAUACGAAGACAUGGUGCUCAAGUCGCCCAUGAUUCCCAUGACCCCCGCGGCGCCCCCCCCUGAGGCAAUGCCAGGGAUGCAAGCGUCACCCAUGAUGACACCACGCAGUCUGGCUUUCAACCGACUCGGCCGCGACUCGUCAGACCUUCCCCUACGGGAGCAUUUCAGUUCGCCGAACCCGCGGCGUUCGUUGCACCAGGAGUCGGCGGAGACUCUGACGCCGGGACAUCAGGCCCCCGUUCAGACGUAUUUCCCGCCGCCGCCCAAAAAGGCGGCCAAGACGUGA